ACCACUUGGGUAAAAAAUUUUUAAUACGUAAUGGUGGCUGCAUGUGUUUCGGAAUCAUUGCUGACAACUUAUUUAUAUAAAACAUUGGAAAACAUUCAGAAACUAAUUUCGAUUUUGAUUACUCUCUGAAGAAUCAGCAGAAUGAAUCAAAACUGUUUUAUUUGUGAUAUUGCAACUCCAACGUCAAAAGGUUCUAUAAACAUAUUUGACAGUAAUAUUGGAUUGCAAUCAGGCAAGAAAUUGCCCGACAUAUUGAAAGAAAUCAUUGAUAAACCUAUCAAGAGUGACAAUUUAUAUUCAAAUGUCCUCUGUAAAAAUUGUUUCAAGUUUUGCACUGAGUAUGACUCCAUUCAAGUCAGAUUACAAGUAAUAAGGACAAAUUUACUAAAGGAUUUCAAGACUACCCUGCCCAAACAUAACCUCAACUAUGACACGUUCGGGGCCACCGCUCAGAGCACGCCAAUCAAACCCACUGAGAUCAAAGUGGAGGACAGGAGGCUGGUGGUGCCAGCGUCGAAGCUGCAGCCGCUGCCAGCGGACUUCGUGUUCGACAUCAACAAAAUGGUGGCUAUGAACAAGAGUUUAGUGCGGAAGGUUCCAACAUCGGAGUCCAUGAUAAACCUAAAGGUCACCGUCGGCUCGUCCGUCCUCACGCAGUCCGUGAAAACCGUAAUGACACCUGUGUCCAAGGAGUUAUCGCCGGCGAAAUCGACGCAAGAUGGCGCCGCACCGACGAACGUGGUUGUGACAAUGCUGCCAACAUUGACCCAACACACAGACAAAGUGACCACCACAAAGAACCCGGUGCUGAGUUUUAACGUCAACUCGCUACAAAAGGAGCUCAUGUCAUCGACCGUGUUGGCGAAAAUCAAUCAGAACGACAAAGGAACAAAUGAUUAUGCUAUAAAUGAAAACAAUGAUGAUCAGUCCAUGGAAAUUGAUGAAGACUGUUCCCUGGUCGUGCCGGUCACUACGAACGGUAGUGGGAAAUUGGUGUUUGAAAUUGACUCUUUGAAGAACAGCAAAGAGAAGCCUAAGUCGAACUUCUUCGACGUUGGCCUCCUGCUGUCGGACGGCAACGAGGGUCAGGAGCGCGACGCGGAUAAGUACGUCCUCGACAAGUUGCAUGUGCUCAAGAGGGACGAGGAUGACGGCGACGAUGAACCAGAGACGUUAGUGAUGGAGGACGAGGACGGCACGACCAUCAUUCGCAUGGCGGCCGGCCAGCGGGUGCUGUACGACGGCACCAAGUUCGUGGUCGCCGACGAUGACACCCGCGAUGACAACAUAGACAACGGCGACAGCCAGGACUCUAACGAGGAGUCGCAGAUAGAGCUGCAGGUAUCGGGCGACGAGGAGACCGCGAAUGCCAUCAUAGCCGCCGCCCAGGAACAAGGUGGUGCAUUCAUCAAAGUGGAGUCAGGCGAGAUGUAUCGAGUGAAAUCUGUCCAAAGCAAGUCCGACGACACUAACGAUGACGAUGACGAGAUGAAUUUGAUACAAUCAAUGGUGCAAGAAGAGGAAAAUGGCCAUUUCAAAUGUUUGCUGUGCGCCAACAACAAGGACAGUGUGGAGCCGGUGGUGCUGCGUGCGGAACCGAUGAUGCAGCACCUGCGCGCGCAGCACGCCGCGCGCCUCUACAUCUGCCGCGUGUGCGGCCGCCGGCUGCGGCGCCGCAACCACUACACCGCGCACCUAGGUACCGACACCACACGCCACCACGCCACCACGCCACCACGCCACCACGCCACCACACCGCCACCGACACACACCCACUCUAGCUCGCCUCUACAUCUGCCGCGUGUGCGGCCGCCGGCUGCGGCGCCGCAACCACUACACCGCGCACCUAGGUACCGCCACACCACACGCCACCACGCCACCACGCCACCACGCCACCACGCCACCACACCGCCACCGACACACACCCACUCUAGCUCGCCUCUACAUCUGCCGCGUGUGCGGCCGCCGGCUGCGGCGCCGCAACCACUACACCGCGCACCUAGGUACCGCCACACCACACGCCACCACGCCACCACGCCACCACGCCACCACGCCACCACACCGCCACCGACACACACCCACUCUAGCUCGCCUCUACAUCUGCCGCGUGUGCGGCCGCCGGCUGCGGCGCCGCAACCACUACACCGCGCACCUAGGUACCGCCACACCACACGCCACCACGCCACCACGCCACCACGCCACCACGCCACCACACCGCCACCGACACACACCCACUCUAGCUCGCCUCUACAUCUGCCGCGUGUGCGGCCGCCGGCUGCGGCGCCGCAACCACUACACCGCGCACCUAGGUACCGCCACACCACACGCCACCACGCCACCACGCCACCACGCCACCACGCCACCACGCCACCACACCGCCACCGACACACACCCACUCUAGCUCGCCUCUACAUCUGCCGCGUGUGCGGCCGCCGGCUGCGGCGCCGCAACCACUACACCGCGCACCUAGCGGAGCACGUGGCGGGCGGCACGCGGGUGGCGGCCGCGCGGAGGCCGGCCGGCGGCGAGCGGCCGCACCGCUGCGCGCUCUGCGGCAAGACCUUCGCCUCCAAGUACACGCACCAGGCACACCUCAAGACGCACCAGGAACGGCCGCGGCCGUUUAAGUGCGACCAAUGCGGGAAGACGUUCCUCACGCAGCAGAAUCUCAACCAACACGAGAAGACGCAUCUCGGCAUCAAAGAUUUUAUAUGCAACAUCUGUGGCAAGGCGUUCGCGAGCCAGCACAACCUGGAGGUGCACGGCGUGACGCACAGCGGGCGGCGGCCCUUCGCCUGCGCGCGCUGCGGCAAGGCCUUCGCGCGCCGCCCCGAGCUGCGGGACCACGCGCGCGUCCACACAGGCGAGCGGCCGUUUGCGUGCGAAAUAUGCGGCGCGGCGUUCGCGCAGCGCUCCAACCUGCACUCGCACCGCCGCGCCACGCACCUCGCCGACAAGCGCCACGCCUGCCACCUCUGCCCCAAGCGCUUCAAGCGCCGCAGGCUGCUGGAGUACCACGUGAAGGCGGCGCACACGGGCGAGCGGCCGCUGCGCUGCGCCGUGUGCCGCGCCAGCUUCGUGUACCCCGAGCACUACAAGAAGCACGCGCGCAUCCACAGCGGCGAGAAGCCCUACGGCUGCGAGGUGUGCGGCAAGUCGUUCAACUCGCGCGACAACCGCAACACGCACCGGUUCGUGCACAGCGACAAGAAGCCGUACGAGUGCUUCACGUGCGGCGCCGGCUACAUGCGCAAGCGCCAGCUGCUCGCGCACAUGCAGUCCACGGGUCAUGUUGCCGAGUCUAUAGUAGUCAAUCAGCCGAGGGUCAUAAAGACUUUAGAAAAUACCACCAUGGAGGUUGUGAACGUUUCCACCCUGGAGACGGACGACAAAUAUGAUAACAAUAUAUUAUAUGAAACGAAAGAAACUGAAUUGGAUGUGAACACCAUAGGGACUGUGGAUAUAUCGGAGGACGGCGGCACAACCAACUUGUUCAUAACGGGCGAUAAGAAAAUCAUACUGCAAGAUGGCAAAUCGUCAAACAAUAUAAUAAAUUUAAUACCGGACGGUGAAGAGUCUUUGCUGACAUUACAGGAUAUAAAAUCAAUAAAAGUGGACGGAGCGACCAUAGAGGCCGAUGUGGAGGGCCAGCCCGAGAUGAUCGUGUCGGACGAGCACGGCAGCGUGAUGCGCUUAAUACAGAUACAGUUGCCGGACGGCAAGACCGGCUGGGUGGCCAUCAAUAAACCGCUGGACGGCUCCCUCGCGUAGACAGCGAGCGGACACGCGGGCAACUGCUAGUGUCUAGUCUGUCACUGCCACUGAUGUGCCGGAUCGCUAAAGUCGUGGUUAAUAAGUUUUCGUGAAAACGGUGAUGAAUAUGGUGUCAUCAUUUUAUCAGCCUAUAACUGUCCACUGCUGGACAUAAACCUUUAGAGUUUUGCCAGUAGUUGCCACGCUUGGCAGGCGGAUUGGCAACCGCAGUUAGUCUUUAGAGAUGUUUUAAGAGGGACGCUGCUGCCCGUCCCUUACGACACCCACGGUAUUCUAUGGCUACCCCUUAGCCAUAGAAUAGGCUACCCCUGGCCGGGACCACACAGUCUAUUAUUUAGAAUUGCAUAUAAAGUAAAAAGAUUUUAAGGAUAUUUGUUGUUCCUUUACGGAAAAAACUAUUGAACGGAUUCUAAUGGAAUUUGCUACAUGGAUAAGUAAUAUCCUAAUUUAAGGCAUAAAAUAUUUUAUAUUAAUUCACGCGAACGAAGCCGCGGGAUACAGUUUGUAAUAAUAUACGUAAUUAAAUUUAAAAAUAUAAAAGAUUUGUUCAAGUUUUGCCAAAAAGUAACAGACAAGCCUUUUUCGGAUAUUCACGAUAUUUUCGAAUAUCCGGCACAUCAUUAGUUAGUAUUAUAAAUACUAAAGCGAAUGAAUAUUAGGAGAGAAUGAUAUUUGUAGAAUGUAUAAUGUAAACGUUUAUUAAUACAGUAAUAAUAGUAAAGAAGGAGAACAAUAGAAAAUAUAAAAAAGGUAUAAUAUUAAGACGACAUGUGUGCCGUGGCGCCAACAACAAUAUUCCUCCAUAUACGCAUGCGCGGCCUGCGCGCGCAUAGGUACAACAAACAAGCUGCGUGCGCCACCGACCGUAUUACAUAUAUAUAUAUAUAUAUAAAAUAUUAACACUUGUCUGCGUGUUUUUACAAAAUUAAUAAAGUAUAUAAUUUUAUAAGUAUGCUACAAUACUACUCGUGUGAGGGUGCCGCCCUCUAGUGUCAAGUGUUUACAGACCGCUAUCGUUAUACGAAAGCAUACAGGGUACAGAGGAAUAACACCUGAGUUCUCGGGAAUAGCAACGCAUGGAGGGGGGGGGGGGGGGUAUCAUGGGCGAAACAGUACACUCUGUUAUGUCCAUGGUACUGCUCAUGUGUAUAGGCGACGGUUACCACUUUCCAUCAGGUGGGCAGUUAGUUUGUUUACCAUUCUAAGUUGUAUAAAAAAAAGCAUCUAACGUGGCCUGAUGCAGUGCUGUGCUUCUUACCAUACAUUAUAGAGUAUUGUUUUAUUAUAUUACGAGAAUCAGGUAUAUAAAAUAUAUCAGUUAUGAAAUCAAAAUCCUUAGGGUCCUUUUAAGGGAGUGUUCCACCAGGGAAACUGGUAACAUUUUGUCAAAAGUCGGAAAACGACAAAUAAUUUUAGUUCAGUUAUGUUUGUGCAGAUGCGUAUGCGCACAGCGGCUGCGCCCGCGCCGUCUAUUUUUAAGAAUAAACAGUGUACUUAAAACAGUUGUCGGUUUCACUCGUUCUUUGCCUAUUUAACAAGUUACUAUACAUAGUUUAACUGAAAACACUUCCUUUAAAUGAUGCUAUAAAUUUUCAAAUUCACUUUAAAUUCUUUAUACAUGUGUAAACACGAAUAACUGUGUCGAUUCUGAGGCGACAUUUCUUUAAACCUAUCUUUAAAAACUCCCUAUGAAGCUGGCAUAGUCAGUAUAUGUAGGUGUACUGAAGCUUCAACAAAAAUUAGAAUGAAAAAAAAAAAUUUUUUGUUUUCUAUGACAGCGAAAUCUUUACUAUAAGGACCAAUAUAAAUUAGAUUUCCAAUAUAUUUAAGUUAAAAUUAAUAUAAAUUUAGUUCCUAAUGGUUAAUAAAACUAAUUUAGCGAAACUCUCAAAUUGAGAGGUAAGUUUAAAGUAAUGCCACUUCAAAAUCAGUCCAAACUUGUUAUGCGAGUCAUUGUUGUUAUUUUGGGCAUUGUACAAAUACUUGUAUACAUUGUAUAUUUAUAUCUAAUGUAAAUAAAUAUUUUUACAAUCAUA